ACAGCUGUCAGAACCACACGCACUUGAUAGAAGGAAUAGAAAAAAACAACCAAUACGAUAAAUUCAAAGCAGCAGCUGGGCGAAGUUGGACAAUAGAAAAAAACAAAUAAGGAAAAACUAUUAAUACAGCUAAAAUUGCGUAUAGUGGAGCGCAAAUAGUCUUAUUUAUAUUACUAUACUAGUGUGUCGCAAAAACCCGCCAUGGAUUUGCUGAAUUCAAUACUCAAUUCAAUGGACAAACCUCCCGCAGCUACAGAGCAACAGAAAAAAAUGAUCAAAAAACAAAAAGAGCUUGCUGAACGAAUUAAAAACAAACAGAAAGAAGAACUAAAUCGAUUUCGCAAGUAUGUAGAGGAUCGCAUUGGACGAUUUGCCAAGGACGAUCGCCCGCAUAUUGAGUUUCAGCCGUUGGACAAAGUGCACCGUGCCAUUAUACAUGAGGUAGCGGAAUUCGGUGGUUUUAUAGCAAUGAGUUUUGGCCGCGAAGAUAUCGAUCGUCACUCAGUUGUUUAUAAAAAGGAAAAUGCGCCAUCGGAAGAUGAAAUAGCAGCUCGUCGCAACGGUGACGGUUGGAAUGAAGAAAUUGCCAAAGAAUAUGCCGAAAGGCGAAAACAACAACGUGAGCUGGAAAGUGAACAAAAAAGACUGGCACGUGCUUCCAUCCAACUACCACCUACCACAGAGUGCGACAUUAAACCAACGACCAACUAUAAAGAUAAAUACGCUCAUCUUAUUGGGCAAGAUGCUGCCCUAGAGGCUGCACGCAAAACAGAAACUAACCUGAGUUAUGGUUUUGUGCCCAGCAAAAACAAGAAGGACAUGCGUUCAAUUGAACAAACUUUGGCUGAUAUACAGGCAAAGAAGAAACGAAAAUUGGAGGCGCAACAACAGAGUGCAUUACCCAAUCCGCAACAGGAACAACAGUCGACUGUCAACGAACAAAAGAGUGCACUAAGCACGCAACAAGAGCAAGAGCCUAGUGUUGCUGGAAGCAGUGCUAGAGCAGAGCACUGAUAAUUCUGGCGAAACACCAUAUUAUCAUACUAAAACACGCUUGAAAAAACGACUGCUUUGUGUCUUUGCAUCAAUUUGCAAUAAAUUGCAAUAUUUUUACUAUUUACGAGAUCACAAAUGAAUUGUUAACUAUUUGAAAUGGUAUUGAAAAAAAACACAUAAAUAUAUAUUAUAAUGAAAACUUAAUAACGAGUUAUAAUUACAAUAUUUUUUAAGUAUAAGAAAUUUACUGAUAUAAAUGUAUGUUUGUUUAUGCAAUCGUUAAAUACAUAUAUACAUACAUACGUAUGUACCUAUAUUCACAAAAAAAAAGUAGAAGCUUGUGAUUUAUGCAGUAUUUUUUCAACUUUUUAGUAAGAAUUAAUAAUUUUAGUAAAGUAUUGUGCGACCUAUUAUUGAUAUAGCACAUAAAUCAAUGUGUGCUUAUUUUAACGAAAUUUCAAAAGUUAACCAGAGCUAAAUUAAACUUGUUCAUGAUUAUUGUGCUAUAAGAGAUAUGUAGGUGUAUUUAUUAACAGACGCAGACUCAAACCUACGCAUAGGUUGCCUCAAAUUCGUUAGAUUCGAAAUCGAAAAGAAACCGUCAUCAAAAAUAGUUUUUUAAACGUUUAUUGAUAAAGAGUCGUUAACAAUUUAUUUAAAUAUAUGUAGAUGAGAUAUUAUAA